UGGCACCAUACUUGGCUUGGAUUUUGGCGUGGAACGGAUGUCCUUUGUGAAUGGAUUGCAGAGCACUGGUGGGAGCGAAUGGAAAUAAUUGGAUGACGCUGUAUUUCUGUAUUGUCACUGGGCGUUUUGCUUAUCAGGUUCUACGGUUGGCAGGCAAUAAUGGGGGAUGAAUCAUGUGUACACGAAUGGGGCAUCUGCUAUGACUCAACUCCUCUUCUCUUUUGCCGACAUGCUAUCCUUGUGCAUCUCCUCAUUCAAAUCAAACCAUUGCAAGCUAGGAGUGCAAGAGGCCUUCGGAGCGUCAGACUGAGGCCAAUUUCGACGUCGGCGGGGGUGGUACGCGGCGAGGCAGCAAAGGCAUCCUGGAAGUCACCCCGGACGAGGCCCGCAUUGUAUCUGGCAAACAAAGCCCCCGCCCGCCGGACUCGAAUCCCGUCGGUACUAGCGCCAGAGACUCGGCCGCCGAGUGUGGGGGUGGGGGCCAUGGAUACGAGAGAGCGAGCGGUUGUCUGCCAAUGACGACGAGUCUGGCUCUAUUGACCUGGACUGCCGCGUACGGGUCCGCCUCAGGGCUCGGGGCAAGUGAGGUUGUUACGAGGUGUCCGGGGGGGGAGGGGAGGGACAACCACCUCGAUGAAGGAUCGUAUCACGGGUUCGAUGAAGCACCGGGUGGC